GCAAAACAAACGAAGAGGAUAAAAGUAACCAAGUUUCGUUUCUUUGUCUUAUACAAACUAGAGGAUCUACAUAUUCUUAGGUCAGGGAGACAAAAAAGUCAAAAAAGGGAAAGUUGCCUUAGCAAUGUACCCCAACAUCAAAGCGUUGCACCGUUUUCUGGCGGACGCCAAGGUUGAAGAAAAAAAUAUUCCGCUCAGCAAAAUGUCUCGCUUGCCGGAUACAAACCAAGUUUCUUUGGUGUUUGAUGGUAACAAAAUUCUGGAUGUCAUUACGCAAGCUGUUCGUGAGAGCGAUGGGGUUUCUGUAUUCACGACCACGACUUCCUUAGCCCUGUAUGAGCAGAUAAGCUUGUUCUGUGAGCUGUCGACGGAGUGGUUGAAGACUCACUUUAAGCAGAAAGACAUGGAUUUCAAGGGUAUUUUUACUUUUAACGGAUGUGGGUUCACUCCUCAUGUGGAGGUCAAUCCAGUAGCACCAACAAAACCACCCGUGGAACUUCUCCAAAACGGGGUUCUCAAUGAAGUCUUGACGGUCAAAGAUCUUUCACCUGAGACAGUGAGACGGUGCGCUGCUAGGUUCUUUAUUGAGGAAGAUAUAGAAGCCCGAAUCGUGCGCAUGUUUCACGAAAACUGCCCCGAUACGUUUCGUGCACCGUAUCUUGCAUGGAGUCAGAUAUCAGCUUUUUUUGCCCCUGGUAACCAGUACGCGUCCGAGGUGUAUGGUUGUGUAGAAUUGCUAGCAUUUCCAGGAAUCGAACGUGUAGUUACUAACAUCAAUACAAAAACCCAAACAUUUGAUUGCAUAAGCAAAGCAGCGCUUCUCGCUGCAGUGCGGAAAAGGUGCUUAGACUUUAGCGAAGAGGAUCUUUCUAGUAUUCUUCUUUUCGAGUCGAAGAACAGCCUUUUCUGCGUCAAUGGAAUGCCUGACAUUUUCGAUGACUUUUGCCGCUACGCAUCAUCGGAACACGGGUCACGAACUAUGAACUUUUUGGUCUCUUCCACUCGCGUAAGGGAAGAUGAGAAAAGGCUCCUGCGACGCAAUCUGGCUGCAUUGGACGCACCUGUUCUUAUUAAGGAUGGACGCUGUAUGUACCUCUCGAAACUGUACAAUAAAAAAAAGCAGAGCGAUGUAACGGCUGAGUUUGGAAAGCGCCUUCCGUCCAUAUUUUAUUACUUUAUUUUUGGCGGUCCUGUCAUGCCUGCAUCGUACGCGUCACUAGGGCAGGGUACUUUCGUUGACAACUGGCCGCUAAUCGAUACCUCUACGUAUCGUGGUAUUGCUGAGAAUAUAUUCCCGCUGCGUGUGCAAGUUGCCUUUCAGUUGUUCAUCUACACGGGUUAUCGUUCAAAGCUCCGCUGGUUACGGCAGUAUAUCUUAUUUAAGUGCAAGGAAGACAACGACCGCCGCUGGUCGCCUAUCGAGGACCCGCCGGAGAUUGAAUUGGUUUCAUGGGUUGUUGAGCCAGAUACGUUGCCCAUGAACGAGGAUAAUAAUGUUUUUCUGUCAGACAUUUUGGUUUUUCAAGAGUCUGGGGUAUUGGAAAAAUUGGUGUAUCCUGACAUUCGAACGUCUCUCGCGGUUAUUCUUUUAAAGUCUUUAGAUUUGUUGGGUUACUUCACGCAUUCGGCGGAGGGAAUUGAGUUGAGUGGGUCGUCGAUCUACAGUAAGGCAUUGGAGAAGUUUAAUUGUCCAACGCUAAGCGAGUAUGGUGUUCUAGUGAUUGAGCUAGUUCGAACACGUGCGCUUCAUGGCAAUCGCAUUCCUCUAGUCAUUCCGCAUCAAAACGUACCAGACGAUGGACAGCUAAAAUGCGUGCGCUUUGCUGCUCGUUUACUCUCCGUCAUCCCACUCAACCUCAUGGCACCAUGGUCAGGGCCGUUUGAUCUCGAAAUGGCUGCCUUUGGAACUUCGUCGCGUCUUGUCGGCCGGAUGCUUCGGCUGCUCACGGAGGCGAUAGCGGCACUUCUGUUCGCUACCAAAUCUACCAACGUCCCACUGAGCCAGUUUGACGAGAUUAUCAAGCGUCUGCCGUUUGGCAUUCCCGUAGAAUUCAAUGCUGGGUUUCUUAUGACAUACAUUCUUACGAAGAAAUGCUCUCUGGAUGAUCUCCGGCGUACGUUUCCCGAGUUAUAUAACCUUGAAGAGGAUCUUCGAACGAUCUUCUGGUUUUGGAAGAUGGCUUCAGAGGCGUUAACCUUGAUUUCCAUGGAGGAGUCAGGAUUAGUGGACUAUUAUCUUCUGUGUGAUGCACACGACAUGGUUAGCAUGGCCUGUUGGCGACUGUGUCCCGAAUUCUGGGACGAGGCAUUUAGGCCAAUGACGCAGGGAACUGGUUUUGAGUUUAAUCGUAUGCCUGAGGGUUUUUAUGAUUUGGGUUCUAUGCCGAUGAAUCUGAGUUUGAACAAUGGUAACUACUAG